AGGAGUCUGGAGAGUCCCGGGAGCGGACACACUAUGCCGCACGUCCGAGGGCCGUGGCCACCUGGCUGCCUGGCCGUGGUGGCUCUGUUUAGCCUUGUGCACAGCCAGCAUGUGUUCCUGGACCCUCAGCAAGCACUGUCGCUGCUCCAGCGGGCCCGACGUGCCAACAGCGGCUUCAUGGAGGAGUUGCGUAGCGGCAACCUGGAGCGAGAGUGCCUGGAGGAGCAGUGCAGCUACGAGGAGGCCUUCGAGGCCCUGGAGUCUUCCACGGCCACGGAUGCGUUCUGGGUCAAGUACACAGCUUGUGACUCGGUGAAGAAAUCUCGAGAAACGCUCGUUAAAUGCCUGGAAGGUAACUGUGCCGAAGGUCUGGGUAUGAACUACCGAGGGAACGUGAGCUCCACCCGGUCAGGCAUCGAGUGCCAGCUAUGGCGGAGUCGCUACCCACAUAAGCCUGAAAUCAACUCCACCACCCACCCUGAAGCAGACCUGCAGGAGAAUUUCUGCCGCAACCCAGAUGGCAGCACCACGGGGCCUUGGUGCUACACUUCCGACCCCACUGUGCGGAGGGAGGAGUGCAGUGUCCCCGUCUGUGGCCAAGAUCGCUUCACUGUGGAGCUGACCCCGCGCUCCAGAGUCUCCACAGCGAGUCAGUCACCUCCAGCUGACCAGUGUGUCCCUGAGCGUGGCCAGCAUUACCAGGGUCGCCUGGCGGUGACCGUGCAGGGGUCCCCCUGCCUGCCCUGGGCCAGCGUGCAGGCCAAGGCCCGGGGCAAGGACCAGAACUUCAACCCGCCUGUGCCGCUGGUGGAGAACUUCUGUCGCAACCCAGACGGGGACCAGGAGGGUGCGUGGUGCUACGUGGGCGGCGGGAAGCCCGGUGACUACGAGUACUGCGGCCUGAACUACUGUGAGGAGCCGGUGGACGAGGUGACGGUCGAUGGGCAGAGCCAGGACCUGGAAGCGGCCAUCGAUGGGCGCACCACCGAGGAGAAGUUCCAGCCCUUCUUCAAUGAGAAGACCUUCGGGGCUGGGGAGGCAGACUGUGGGCUGCGCCCUCUGUUUGAGAACAAGUCGCGGGCAGACCAGACGGAGCACGAGCUGCUGGAGUCCUACAUCGACGCGCGCAUCGUGGAGGGUUGGGACGCGGAGAAAGGCCUGGCGCCCUGGCAGGUGAUGCUUUUCCGGAAGAGUCCCCAGGAGCUGCUGUGCGGAGCCAGCCUCAUCAGUGACCGCUGGGUCCUCACUGCUGCCCACUGUCUCCUGUACCCGCCUUGGGACAAGAACUUCACUGCGGAUGACCUUCUGGUGCGAAUUGGCAAGCAUUCCCGCACCAGGUACGAGCGAGGCAUCGAAAAGAUCUCCAUGCUGGAGAAGGUCUACAUCCACCCCAGGUACAACUGGAGGGACAUGCUGGACCGCGACAUCGCCCUGCUGAAGCUCAAGCGGCCCAUCACCUUCAGCAGCUACAUCCACCCCGUGUGCCUGCCCGACAAGCAGACGGCAGCCAGGUUGCUCCAGGCUGGAUACAAAGGGCGGGUGACGGGCUGGGGCAACCUGAAGGAGACGUGGGUAGCCAGUCCUUCGGAGGUGCAGCCCAGCGUCCUGCAGGUGGUGAACCUGCCCAUCGUGGAGCGGCCGGUCUGCAAGGCCUCCACCCGCAUCCGCAUCACCGACAACAUGUUCUGUGCUGGUUACAAGCCCGAUGAAGGGAAACGAGGGGAUGCUUGUGAAGGUGACAGUGGGGGACCCUUUGUCAUGAAGAGCCCCCAAAACAACCGCUGGUAUCAAAUGGGCAUCGUCUCGUGGGGUGAAGGCUGUGACAGGAAUGGAAAAUAUGGCUUCUACACACAUGUGUUCCGCCUGAAGAAGUGGAUACAGAAGGUCAUUGAUCGGCCUGAAAGUUAGAGGAUCAUCCACAUUCUAGGCUCCUCACUGUAAGAUCA